UGAUUGGUUGGAAUCCUCAAAAUUUGAAAAAGAAAAGCUAAAGGAGAAGAAGACAAAGACACAGUCAUGUCAACAGCAAUGCGAUUGAGGGGCUUCGGAGCUGCCGUAGUUGCGGUGGCCGGAGGCUAUGGUGCAUUGAGUCUGAGAGACCCAAUUCCAAAUGUGGCUCAGAGCGAUCGAGGAGAGAGUUUGGAGAGCUUGAGGAAGAAAAUCGCUGACGUGAAGUCCACCGUCCCCUCGAGGGAAGUUCAGGAAUCUGCUUUGAUUGGUUCAACCGCUGCCAAUCCUCUUGACGUUCUUGUCGUAGGCGGUGGUGCCACUGGUUGUGGUGUGGCGCUUGACGCCGUAUCUAGGGGUCUUUGUGUUGGGCUCGUUGAGAGAGAAGAUUUCUCUUCGGGGACUUCCUCUAGGUCCACCAAACUCAUUCAUGGAGGGGUACGCUACUUAGAGAAAGCUGUCUUCAAUUUUGACUAUGGGCAGCUGAAGCUGGUCUUCCAUGCUCUUGAGGAGCGUAAACAGGUUAUCGAGAAUGCUCCACACUUAUGCCAUGCUUUGCCAUGCAUGACUCCAUGUUUCAACUGGUUUGAGGCGGUUUAUUACUGGUUCGGAUUGAAAUUCUAUGAUCUGGUCGCAGGACCACGCUUGCUUCAUUUGUCCCGAUACUAUUCUGUACAAGAAUCAAUUGAACUUUUUCCAACCCUUUCAAAGAAGGUUGGGGAUAGAAACUUGAAGGGUACAGUCGUGUACUAUGAUGGACAGAUGAAUGACUCUCGACUUAAUGUUGGGCUGGCAUGCACUGCUGCAUUGGCUGGUGCAGCUGUUCUUAACUAUGCAGAAGUGAUUACUUUUCUUAAGGAUGAAGUUACUGGCCGUAUUAUUGGUGCACGCAUCCAAGACAAUUUGUCAGGCAAAGAGUUCGAUACAUAUGCCAAAGUAGUUGUGAAUGCAGCCGGCCCAUUUUGUGAUUCUGUCAGGAGAAUGGCUGACAAAGAUGCACCAGUCAUGAUCUGUCCAAGCAGUGGUGUUCAUGUCGUUCUUCCUGAUUAUUAUUCUCCCGAGGGGAUGGGCUUAAUUGUUCCAAAAACUAAGGAUGGGCGUGUUGUCUUCAUGUUGCCAUGGCUGGGGAGAACAGUUGCAGGAACUACAGAUUCCAGUACUAGGAUUACAAUGCUUCCAGAACCUCAUGAAGAUGAGAUACAAUUUAUCCUAGAUGCAAUAUGUGAUUACCUUAAUGUCAAGGUUCGUCGAACGGAUGUUCUCUCUGCUUGGAGUGGUAUUCGUCCAUUGGCAAUGGAUCCUUCUGCAAAGAACACAGAGAGCAUUUCCAGAGAUCAUGUUGUAUGUGAAGAUUAUCCUGGUUUGAUCACCAUUUCUGGUGGAAAAUGGACCACUUAUCGAAGCAUGGCAGAAGAUGCAGUUAAUGCAGCUGUUAAAUCUGGCAAGUUGAACCCAACCAAUGGGUGUGUGACCAACCGCCUGCAGAUUGUUGGUGGAGAUGGGUGGGAUCCAGCAUCAUUUACAGUGCUUGCUCAACAAUAUGUUCGUAUGAAGAAGACACAUGGUGGUAAAGUUGUUCCUGGGGCAAUGGACAGUGCUGUAGCUAAGCAUUUAGCUCAUUCCUAUGGUACUUUGGCAGAAAGAGUGGCUGCCAUUGCUCAGAAUGAAAAUCUAGGGAAGAGGCUUGCUCAUGGAUAUCCCUUUCUAGAGGCAGAGGUUGCAUACUGUGCUCGGAAUGAGUACUGCGAGUCUGCUGUUGAUUUCAUCGCUAGGAGAUCUAGGCUUGCUUUUCUGGACACAGAUGCAGCAACCCGAGCAUUGCCCCGCAUAAUUCAGAUACUGGCUGCAGAACACCAAUGGGAUAAGUCAAGGGAGAAAGCAGAGUUACAGAAGGCUAAAGAAUUCUUGGAAACAUUCAAGUCGUCUAAAAAUGCUCAAUUCAAUGAUGGAAAGCACACAGGGUCAUAAAAUGAAAUAUGAUGAACCAUUAAGGAAUGAUCUGCUCAUCUUCAACUAGGUGAUCUGAUUGUCAAACUUAGGUCUUCUAUAAGCCAAAGGACUCUUUCCCUUGGUGCUCAUUUUUUGUUUAGCCUUCACCUUGUCUCCAGGUGUCUUUUUAUAGAUUCAAUCUUUAUGAUCCAUUCGACUGCAAUGGAUUUUGCGCAUCAAAAAAAAUUUUCCCCCGAAGGAAUUGAUUAUUUUUACCUUAUUCA